AUGGCAGAGUACUAUGCACAGCGUGCUGUCGUCCCCGGCACUCUUCUGAUUACAGAAGCGGUCUUCAUCUCAGCCAGGGCCCGUGGUCGUGACAUCAACGCGCCGGGCGUGUUUACGGAUGAGCAAAUCCGGCAAUGGACAGAAGUCACCAAAGCAGUGCAUGAACGAGGCUCAUUCAUCUACUGUCAGAUAUGGGCCAUCGGCAGAGCAGCGAGACCUCAUGUGCUCAAGGCGCAGGGUCUGGAAAUGGUGAGCAGUAGCGCCGUGCCUAUCAGUGAAGGACACGCGACACCACGUGCAAUGGAGGAAGACGAGAUCUUGCAAUGCAUUGAUGACUUCGCCUCUGCGGCGGAGAAUGCAGUCAAGGCUGGAUUUGACGGGGUUGAGAUUCAUGGCGCCAACGGGUACCUUGUGGAUCAGUUCACGCAGGACACGUGCAAUCAGCGGACAGAUCGAUGGGGUGGAACGGUUGAAAAUCGCUCCAGAUUUGCGUUUGAGGUGACCCAGACUGUGUCGAAGAGGAUUGGGUCCGAAAGAACGGCAAUAAGGCUUGCACCAUUCACUGACUUCCAAGGCAUGGGCAUGAAGGACCCUGUACCACAAUUCUCAGAUCUGAUCUCGAAGCUGGCGACCCUCAAGUUGGCAUAUCUACAUCUAGUGGAACCCAGAAUCUCUGGAAAUAUUGAUCGCGAUACCGCACAGCACGAGUCACUGGACUUUGCAACCGAUGCUUGGAGUGGUGCAGGUCCAUUGAUACUUGCAGGUGGCUUUGAUGCAUCAUCAGCGCGGAGCAAGGUGAGGGAGAGUAAGCAUGAUGUCGCUAUCGCUUUCGGAAGACAGUUUACGUCCAAUCCGGAUUUGCCGAGGAGGAUCAUUGAAGGACUGCCUCUAACGAACUACGAUCGGUCGACGUUCUACGUCGCAAAAAGUGAAGACGGAUAUACUACCUGGCCAAGUCUGCCGACAGAGUCAGUGACUGCAUGA